AUGUUACCAGUGGCUAUUGCCAUAACCGAUGAGCUUGAAAGACAUGAUAAACAGUUUCACGAGAGAAGCAAAGAGAUACGCCAACCUACAGCUGCUGUUAUUGAGAUAUUAGAUUUAACAAAAGCAGAUAUUCCAAGCGAACACUUAACAAAAGAAAUUAUAGCUGAUGCAAGUCACAUUGAAAAUUCAAAUGGUGUAAUUCCAGUUGUACACAGAAAACUACCAUUUUUUAGAACAAGAAAAAGAUUAGCGUCUUUAGAUCAUGAAAAGAAGUAUGCACAGUUGAAAAAAGGGUUUUUAUUGUCUGUUGCUUAUUCCUCUACAAUUGGUGGUUUAUCAAGUCUAGUGGGAACAGCUCCAAAUGUACUUGUGAAAGGAUUUGCGGAUGACCGAUAUAGUGGGACAGAUUUUAAAAUUACAUUUCAAAAUUUUCUUUCAUUUGCAUUACCAGCUGCCGUGAUAAUGUUAGUAUUUUGUUGGAUGUGGCUGCAAUUACUAUUCAAUACUAAAGAAUUAUUUCAGUGGCGGAUAACUAAUGAGCUUCGUGAAGCACAAAAUGAUCUUCAUAAUAUGCUACGACAACAGUACAAGGAUUUAGGAACACCAAGUUGGAGUGAAUGUUCAGUAGCAGUUAUUUUUGUUAUGUUAGUUCUAUUAUGGGUUACAAAAGAUUUCGAUUCAACACCAGGAUGGGAUAUUAUAUUUCGUUCAAAAUAUAUAUCAGAUGGAACAGUGGCAUUAUUUAUUGGUGUAUUACCAAUGAUUUUACCAAACAAAAAUCCAUUCAAAAAAGACUGGCACUAUCAACCAAUUAUUAAAUGGACAGAUUUAGCAAAAAAUAUGCCAUGGGGAGCAUUGAUACUCUUAGGAGCCGGUUUGGCAAUAGCAGAAGCGUUUCAAGUUUCGAAAUUGUCUGAAUCGAUGGCUGAAGUUUUAAGUUUUAUCAGUGCUGCUCCUAUGGCUGCAGUUAUCCUAGCUGUUAUUAUCAUUAGUGGUCUAUUCACAGAAGUAACAUCAAAUUUAAGUACAGCUACACCACCGAACGCAAUUGUCUUUGCCAGUGGUGAGCUUCGUGUUUGGGAUAUGAUGAAAGCGGGUAUAGUUAUGAAUAUAAUUGGAUUUCUCGUUGUAUUCUUCGCUGCCACAACAUGGAUGCCCAAAGUAUACAAUUUAAACGAUGAAUCAAUAGCACUAUUUUUCAGUAUAAAUGUGACCAAUGUGAAAGGUUUAAAUAAAUUGUCACCACACAAAUGA